UAUAUAAUCCCUUAUGCAAGAGAAGAAACAAACAAAAAAACACAGCACCAACAAAACUCUCCCAAAAUUUGUCUCCCAAAUUUUUUCUCCUUCUCCAAAAUUUGUCUCCAAAAUUUUUUCUCCCAAAUCUUCAGAAUGAAGUCCCCUCCCAUAUAUAUUUGCCCAGAAGCAAAUAGUUCCUGUAGUUACUCUAGUUUAGCUAUUCUCAAAAUCCCAAAUAGUUUGUUUUUUCUUUCAAAAUCUGCUCGAUCUCAUGACUGCAUUGGCGAUCUCAGACGUCUUCUUCAAACCAAAGUCCGAUGAAUCGUUCGUACUCCCUAUCUUGCUUACAGAAGACCUAUUUUCGAUCAUCCCAUCAACUACUCGAAGAGAUAUCUUUCAGAACGAACCAUGGAACCUCGAUGGUUAUUCUGAGAUCCCAGUUUUUCUUCCCUAUCAGCCACUUCUAGGCGUACAAGUCUGGUCAUGGUUCUUCUCAAUCACAGAUCUGCAUUUGGGUAUUUCUUUCCCAAAAAUGCCGGAGAACUUCAAAUGGACGCCUGAAUCGCAUGAGGAAGUAGGUAUCAACGGCCAGAAUCUGCUGGUACGUAACAUUCGACUCAGAUUCUGCGAGAAAGAAAAUGAGGAAAGAACUCAAGAUGAGCAAAGAACUCAAGAUGAGCAAAGAGCUCUGGCUUCUCUCUGGAAAAUGACAGAGUACCGUCUUAAUCGAAGAAACGUAUUUUGCAUUACGUUCAAGACUGUCCCUAAUCUUGUACCUCCAGGUCGUGCAUUCGUAGAUAAAUUUCAGUUUCUUGGUAAAGUAAAUGAAAGGGAUCUCGCCAGAGAAAAGAGCCGAAAGCGAAAUUUCGCUCGUUUCCUAGCAGAUGGAGUUACAGAGCCAUCAGUUUGCUGCUUGUGCUGCUCCUUAAGGCUUCCUGACAAUGUCACAGGGACAAAGGUUUCCAGAUUAGUAUACACUAAUUCCGGAUCUGCUGUACUGGCAUUGGCAUCUGAUGCCAUGCACAGGCUCUGGAAAUGGCCAAAAACUGAACACAAUUUGGCUGGAAAGGCAACGGCUACUGCACCUCCUGAUUUAUGGGUACCCAAAAGUGGGAUUUUGAUGACGAAUGAUGCAAACCCCAAAAAGUCUAUCCCCUGUUUUGCUCUCUCAAAAAGCGGCGGUUACCUAAUUUCAGCUUCAGGGGGAAUUAUCUCUGUCUACAACACGAUAACAUUCAAGACUAUGAAGAAGAUCGAAUUUCCGCCGCCUGCAGCAACAUUCUUUGCCUUUUAUCCUUGGGACAACAAUAUAGUUGCCAUUGGCAUGGACGAUUGGUCUAUCCUGAUCUACGACACUCGUAGUGACAAGGUGCAAGCCAAGUUGAAUGGUCAUCAGAACAUAAUAACAGGUCUUGCUUUCUCACAGACUCUGAACAUUCUCGUUUCGGCAGGUGCUGAUUCGCAGAUGUGCAUUUGGAGCACAGAUGGAUGGGAGAAGCAGAGUAGUAAGUAUUUGCAAGUUCGAAAGGGAAGAACAAUGCCGGCUGUUUCAGAAACCCUUGUGCAGUUCCAUCUUGAUCAGAUUCAACUCUUGGUGGUCGAAGAAAGGCAAAUUGCCAUUUAUGAUGCUAAACAAAUGGACUUGUUGAAGCAGUGGUUUAGGUGGGAAGCAAGUGGUCGAAUCACAUCAGCUACAUAUUCAUGUGAUUGCCAGUCAAUCUUUGUGAGCUUUGAAAACGGCAAUGUCGCUGUCCUCACUGCUUCAAACCUCAGCUUGCGAUGUCUGAUUGACCCAACAGCCUACUUGGCUACGAACUCGAGAGAAUAUCCACUCGUGAUUGCAGCCCACCCUUCUGAUGCUAACCAGAUAGCAUUAGGUCUGAGUAAUGGCUCCGUCAAUGUUCUUGAGCCUUCUGAAUCUGAAGAAAGGUGGGGCACUGGUUAAAUAUGGAGAUCCCAUUGACUGUUUUUUUCGCCUGAAUAAACUUUGGCUCAUUUCAUUUGUUUUCUUUUAAACUGAAGUCUAAAAUUUUAAAACCUGGAUUGAAACACGGUAUGGUGUUCAUGAUUCUUCAAAAAAAAUGGAAAUAUCUUACUCAAUGUUGUUUAGUAC